AUGAUUUCCCUACUUGACGUGUUACAUUCCAAGGGCCUGUGUCUUGCUCUUGUGGCCGUUUUAGGCUGGAUUCUGAUUUGCCUCAAAAGGCUAUUCUUUUCGCCGCUUCGAAAUGUUCCCGGUCCAGUCUACGCUAAGGUGACACACCUCUGGCUGAAGAAACAGGUUCUCAGUGGUAGAAGGCUGCACUACAUCCAUGAUCUCCACAAAAAGUAUGGGCCGAUCGUACAGAUUGGUCCAAACGAGAUCGACGUCUCUGACCCACAAAUGUUCAAAGAUGUUCACCGAAUCGGCGGUGGGUUUCUCAAAGAUCCCUGGUACCAGUCGUUCCGCCAAGGUGAUUUUCAUGAUGUGUUUUCCAUGAUCGACCCCAAGGAGCACGCUGAAAGGCGUCGCUUGUUUGCUCCUCUCUGGACGAACUCGGCGCUGCACAAAAAUUGGGAGCCUGCCGUAAUUGAGAAGGUCAAGUUGGCUGUUGCCAAUAUCCGACGAGAUGCCCUGACUGGCGAAGCCGAUGUUUUCAAAUGGUGGACCUUUAUGACUACUGACGUUAUUUCACAUCUUUCCUUCGGAGAAUCUCUGGAUAUCCUGAAGCAACAGUCGCGGAAUAGAUACAUUGAUGAUGUCGAGCAGGCUGCUAAACUGGGAGGCAUCUUUUCGGAACUACCGUUUCUCCGAUACGUGGUCAAGUUUGUCCCACUUCGAUCUGUCCAGGAUGCCAUAGGAGCGGACCAUCGGGUCUCCCAAUACGGCCAUGUGGCCGUGGUCAACGCGAAGUCUCGCAGUCUGUCCAAAGAGAAUGUGUUCUCCAAGAUCCUGGCUGAAAGCGAAAAGGAUGGUAGCACAAUGUCUGAAGCCGAAGUAGCUUUUGAGGCCAGCGGGUUCAUUGUCGCUGGAUCCGGCACGACAGCUGUGUCUCUGACUUAUCUCGUGUGGGCUGCCUUAUCGCAUCCUGACGUGCAGUCAACUCUCGAAACAGAAGUUGCCAAACUUCCUCCGGAUGCUGAUGACUCCUUACUGCAAGAGUUGCCUUUUCUAAACGCUGUCGUUGAUGAAACCCUUCGACUCUAUGGCGCUGCACCUGGAAGCCUUCCCCGAACCUGUCCUCCGGGAGGAUUUCAACUGGGAGGCCAUUUCAUCCCUGAGGGUACAACAGUGAGUUCACAGGCCUAUACUCUUCACAGGAACGAGGAUGUCUACCACAAUGCAGAGAAGUUCAACCCGAGCAGAUUCCUCGAUGCCAACGGUAACUUUGUCCCAGCCAAGAGUGCAUAUGCCCCUUUUGGGGCCGGUUCUCGGACAUGCUUGGGAGUUCAUCUUGCCAGAAUGGAGCUUCGUCAUGGUGCCGUGGAGUUUUUCCGCGAAUGUCGUGGCGCCAGGCUGGCUGCUUCCAUGAGGCCGCAGGAUAUGGACAUGCUUAACUUUUUCCUCAUCAGUCCAAAAGGCUUUGUGCCUAUCACAGAGAGCCGCCUGUGGCUCCUUUAUACGACUAAAUUCACCGGGUCCUACGUCAAGGAUAAGGACCUCUGA